UAGAUAACUAGUAAAAACUUGAGUAUGUCAACAGAGAUAAAUCCGGUGAUUGGUGAUUUAAAUCAAUAACUUGUUGCUAAAUCAGUAAUAACGGAAGAGUGCAGUUUUUGACUAAGUUUCCUGCGCUCCAAUGGCCAAAAGACUGCAAGAAUAUGUAAAAUACACCAUCAAAGAGUUGAACGAAUACGCACAGACUGAGGGUUCAUGUGUGCGUAAAGUCAACACUAACUUCCACUUGUCCAUGGGGCCCUUUAGUUUGGCCGAUUUCAAACAUGUCCUAAUGGCCCACAUUGUACGCAGCAAAGUUGGUUCCUACGAUGUGCAAUUGGAUGGCAUAGUGUUGGAUGUGAAAAAGGUUAAGGUGUUGGGCGAAUUGGGAGCCAUGCGGGCCGAUGAUCCUCGCAUACAUGUCAACAUCAAUGCAGAUGCCUAUGUUUUCAAGCCCGAGGAAGGAGCAGUGCUUACCGGAGUAGUCAAGCACAUAGGUGCCCAUCAUGUGGGAGUCGUGCUGUAUAGGGUUUUUAAUGCCAAUCUCCGAGUAGGCCAUAAAGUUGAUAAGGAUGAAAUACAAAUUGAACAAGAAGUAAAAUUUAGAAUAAACAAUUAUAAUUUGCAAAAUGUAUUCCCCUAUAUCGAUGGAGAACUGCUGACGGCCCAGGGAGAAACCAUACCUCAUAAGGGUAAGAAAAUCUUUAACAAAGACAAUGAUGAUUCGGGCAUAGAGGAGAAAGUAGAGGGCAUACAAGAACUUGAUGAGCUAUUGUCAAUUAUUAAAACUGAAGAACCUCAACUACAAGAAUGUGAUGCUAUUACCUCCACUAAGAAAAAAUCUAAAAAGGCCUCUAAAAAGACCAAAGAUGAUAUUUCUUCACACCUUAACGAAACACCUACACCGAGCAAAAAAUCAACUAAGAAAAGAAAAAGUUCUACAUCCCUACCAGCCUCUGUUACCACGGAUAGUUGCGAGGAAACAGCACAUCUACUAACACCUAAGAAAAUCAAAAGGGAAAAGGUGAAAAGUGAAGACGAUGUUACACCUCAAAAAUCCAAGCAAAGGACAGCUAGUGAAACACAAAUUUCUUUUGAUCAUAUUGUUGUUAAACAUGAAUCCGUUUAUUCGGAUGACUGAUGCUUAUGUUGGGGUAAGCCCCCUUAGGAUGUUAGUGUUUCUUUUAAAAUUGCUUUUUCUAAGUGUUAGAUUUUUGCUAUGCAAUUGUUUUAAACGUAUCUUACAAAUUUCAAAUGCACUAUGUUUUUUAUU